AUCCCCCGCGCAUUUGCAGACGUCAAGUAGACCUCACCGACCUACCUUUAGCUUAGCCUUUCAAACUCUUCCUUUAUUCAACUAGAUGUGUUUGGGAUCUCGCCUGUUCCGGUUGUAAUUAAGAAGCUGGAGGUUAAUAACGCCGGACAGACCGUUGUGAAGGCUACCUGUUCAUCCGACAGCUUUACAGAGCUCUGUGUUUAGUGAGAAGGAGUGAAUUCCAUGCGUUAGCUCGAGCUGCUCUACAAGAGAAACAGCAGACAUGGGCUCCAGAGCUUCAUCUUUACUCAGAGAAGAGGACAUUGAAGAAAUCAAGAAAGAAACUGGAUUUUCCCACAGUCAGAUCACUCGCCUCUACAGCCGCUUUCACAGUCUCGAUAAAGGAGAGAACGGAGCGCUCAGCCGAGAAGACUUCCAGAGGAUUCCUGAGUUGGCCAUAAAUCCUCUUGGUGAUCGGAUAAUUAAUGCCUUCUUCCCAGAAGGGUGAGGAACAUCUCAUAAGACAUUUGAAACAUCAGAGUGAUAUUUUAUUACCACCACCACU